AUGAUCCUGCGAGCGUCUCUAGUGAUUUGGCGGAACCGCCAGUCUGAAGCAGGGGUUCAACAUGGCGAUCUCGGGGACAUCGGAUCUCACUAUAUUUUCACUCUUCUCUACGUGGUUUUCGCAACGUUUCUGCAUAAAGGAGCCGCUCAGACCAUAUCAGUGCAGGGUCAGAACCUGGUGACGAAUAAUGUCUCGGUGGUCGAGGGCGAGACGGCCAUCAUCAGCUGCCGAGUGAAAAACAACGACGACUCCGUCAUCCAACUGCUCAACCCCAACCGACAGACCAUCUACUUCAGAGACGUUAGACCCUUGAAGGACAGUAGGUUUCAGCUGGUUAACUUCUCAGACAACGAGCUUCUGGUGUCGUUGUCCAACGUGUCACUCUCGGACGAGGGACGGUAUGUGUGCCAGCUCUACACGGAUCCCCCGCAAGAAGCCUACGCAGACAUCACUGUGCUGGUUCCACCAGGCAACCCAAUCUUAGAGUCCCGCGAGGAAAUCGUGAGUGAGGGGAAUGAGACGGAGAUAACCUGCACCGCCAUGGGCAGCAAACCUGCUUCCACCAUCAAAUGGAUGAAAGGAGACCAACCACUGCAAGGUGAGGCGACUGUCGAGGAGUUAUACGACAGGAUGUUCACUGUCACCAGCCGGCUCAGGCUCACCGUCUCUAAGGAGGACGAUGGAGUGGCCGUCAUCUGCAUCAUUGACCACCCAGCCGUGAAGGACUUCCAGGCCCAGAAAUACCUGGAAGUGCAGUAUAAACCAGAAGUGCAGAUUGUAGUGGAAUUCCCUGAGGGUUUGACCAGAGAAGGGGAAAAUCUCGAGCUGACAUGCAGAGCUAAAGGAAAACCGCAGCCUCAUCAAAUUAACUGGCUCAAAGUGGAUGAUGAUUUCCCCUCCCACGCCGUGAUUACUGGCUCUGAUCUCUUCAUCGAAAACCUUAACAAGUCCUUCAACGGAACGUACCGCUGUGUGGCAUCUAACUUAGUGGGAGAAGCCUAUGAUGAUUACAUCCUUUAUGUAUAUGAUGUUCUCACCACAACCCCCCCACCCACCACUACCACCAUCAGCGCUUUCCAAGAUUCAAGAGCAGAUGGAGCGCCACAGAAAAUUGAUCACGCCGUCAUCGGCGGUAUUGUCGCAGUGGUUGUGUUCGCCAUGCUUUGUCUCCUGAUUGUUCUCGGACGAUAUUUUGCAAGACACAAAGGUACCUACUUUACUCACGAAGCCAAAGGAGCAGACGACGCCGCAGACGCCGACACUGCCAUCAUCAACGCAGAGGGUGGACACAACAAUUCGGAUGACAAGAAGGAGUACUACAUUUAACUGACUAGACCUGUUUGCUUCCUGUGCUGAACAGCAAACUGUGGACUGCUGGGUUGGGAGGUAGGAGUUGUGGGAUUCAAUCAGGCUGGAUUCACACCUGUGCAGCUGAAGAGACGGUGAGGAGAAGGUGCUGCCAUCGAGACGGACGGGGUGUGGGAUGGCAGAGCACUAGGAGAGCUCAAUUUUAGACCGCUUCACCAUCCAACACCUCCUGCUGGGGCCGGUUUUGUUCAGUUUAAACAUUUGCUAAGACUUUUGUGCCUUGUUCUGUUCUUACUGAAGUUCCCACUUUCAUCAGGACACUGUCUCUCGAACAGUUCAAACCCGCGGUUAUUUUAUUUUCGUUUCAUUUUGGUUUUAAUUGCCAGCACAUCUUAACGCUCUCUCUCUCAUGCCGUUCUCUCUGCAGGUCUGAAAGAAAGCCACACACAAAGUUUCGAUGUAAGAUUCUGUCAGAAUAAUCGCUUGGGUUGUUUUCAUGGAUUGAUUCCAAGUAAUUUAUUUGGCAAAUUGCCUGUUGCUCUCCUUAGUCCCUCAGAGAAUGACUUAAAGAAGAUAGAAACCACUUUUGUUGUGACCAGCAACAUUCAACAGCAGUAUUGUGUUGCUGCAUUAUUUAUUAGGUAUACUGUAUGUGAUUAUAAUCGGCUUGUGUUGAUAUUAGGGCUGUCAAUUGAACACAUUACUUCAAUGCGAUUAAAUAUUUAAAAAAUAACAUGAAGUCAAUAAUACCCCUGAUCCAUAUGUAAAUUUUGUCAAUUACAUUACACAUUUUUGUCCAAUCUGUUUACUUACUCACAUUAUUAUUAUUAGGCAUAAUCUUUUUUAAAAUUAUCAAAGCUGCCGCACUGUUUAUAAAUAUCUGAAAAUGUGGUGCAAUCAACAUAAAAAAUAAAAAAAAAUAUAUAGUUUAAGUAAUGUAACUCCCCAAAGAUGUAGAGAUAUUUAUGAAUUAAUAAUUACAUUUACUGUUUUACUUUUGUCAAUAUUUGUUUUUCAAAGUAUAACUACUCAUAUACGUGGCAUGGUGCCUUAAAACAUGGUGCUCGUGGCGUGAGGUGCCAAAAAUAUUUUGCAUUUCAACGAAACAUCACAGACAUCACAUUUGGACUGUAGGGUGAUUGACUUAUAUUCAGUGAUAUGGAAAUUUAACAAACAGUAUAUUGUCCUCCUAUGCCUAAUUUGAAUUAAUUCAAUUAAUUCAUCAGCAUAUGUUGCAGUUGGUUUGUUUAAAACUUUUAAACGAUUGACAGUCCUAAUUGUUCCUUAGAUAUACUGUAUGUGAUUACAAUCGGCUUGUGUUGAUAUUCAUUCCGGCUUGUAUCGUAUUAUCCAUUUACCAGCUUCACUCACAGACUAAUUUAUUCUAAUUAUGCCCAAGCAUUAAAAAUGAAUGCCAAAGCAAAGAAGAGCAGAUCGGCUCCUGGCUCAGCUGUACAGGAAGGCCGUCGCAAAGAUGUCCUCUCCUACGAAACACAACAUAUCUAUCAGAGUGUAAAAAAGCUUUCAUUUUCUAGCUUGUUCUCAUUCAGUAGGCUCAGUAUGAGGUUGAGGUCAGUGAGUUUCUCAGAAUAUUGUUAGUGCUUCUGUGCGCUUCUCAUAGUAACAUAAAAAAAAAACAUUUUGUACUAAAUGAAAUAGAUGGAGCCUGUAUGUUGUAAGCCAUACUCACAGUUGUGCCCUCCAAAACGUUUCGGUUUGCAGAUCUUAUUCUAGAUUCCUUCAGUCCAGCUCAUGUGUAGAUGCCAGAUUGAAUGUAAUAACUCUACAAUAAUGCAAAAGUUUAUAAAAGUGAGUCCUGAAUGUUCUGUUGAUCUCAUCAAACUUGCUUUAUGUUCAGGUGAUGUAUGCGAGGGACUAUUUUUACAGGGACAAAUAUUAUGUUUCCUCUCUCUUAAAUGUAUUAUAAAUGUAUAGAGUGUGAAAUUAUUACAUUAUUGUAGAGUUAGUAUAUAGUUGGUGAAAUAUUACACUCAUAUCAGGCAUUGUUUCAUAUCUUUGGCCUUCGUCCUAGACAGCUUGACAGAUGCGUAUUGUUUGUGAUUAACUUCAUGGGGGCAUUUUGGAGUUAUGGUGAGAGUAUGGUUAACGUUGUAAAAUCCUUGUGACAAAAUUGUUUGGUCAUAGCGUUUACAUGAAUUUGUGUAUUAUCAAGUGUUCUUUUUUUGUUUGUUUUUUCUUAGUGUUAUUCCUGAUAUUAUCUGACAGGUGAGCAUUAUCUUGAUUUGAAAACGCUAUUAAAUAAUGGUAUAUUUGUG